UUAUGAUUGGCUGUGGUUGGAAGGCACCCGCGCCCAUUGGCUGCUGCGGGCAGCGCCUGGGCGGGUUAGAAAACAGCUUGAAGCGUGGGGUUGCAGGAGCGGCGAACCCGGUUUUCCUGGACUUGGUGGCCGCUUGGCAUCCUCAGGAAGAUCAAAAUGGAAAGCCUGUCUGAUGUUGCUUCGUUUUCAACUAAACUUCAAAACACUCUGAUCCAGUAUCAUAGCAUUGAAGAAGAUAAGUGGCGAGUUGCCAAGAAAAUGAAAGAUGUAACAGUUUGGAGAAAACCCUCAGAAGAGUUUAGUGGGUAUCUCUACAAAGCCCAAGGUGUUAUGGAUGAUGUUGUCAAUAAUGUAAUAGACCACAUACGCCCAGGGCCCUGGCGCUUGGAUUGGGACCGGUUAAUGACUUCACUGGAUAUUUUGGAGCACUUUGAAGAGAACUGCUGUGUGAUGCGUUACACUACUGCUGGUCAACUUUUGAAUAUUAUUUCCCCAAGAGAGUUUGUUGAUUUCUCCUAUACUGUGGGCUAUGAAGAAGGACUUUUAUCCUGUGGAGUCAGUCUUGACUGGAGUGAAACGAGACCAGAAUUUGUUCGUGGCUAUAACCAUCCCUGUGGCUGGUUUUGUGUUCCACUUAAAGACAAUCCAAGCCAGAGUCUUUUAACAGGCUAUAUUCAGACAGAUCUGCGUGGCAUGAUCCCUCAGUCUGCAGUAGAUACAGCAAUGGCAAGCACUUUAACCAACUUUUAUGGUGAUUUGCGGAAAGCUUUACAAAAGGCUUAAUGUGUUCAACUCACAGUGCUGAGGUUUGCUGAGCCUGUUUUUCCCUCAGCUGCAUGACCUGUGAACAUCAUCGAUCCCAUCUUCUGCACAGCCCGUUGGAGGUGUUUUGGGUUCCAUAGUAGAAUUUCAUUUUAUAUUAAAAGUAAGUAGUUAUGUAAAUAGGGCAUUUACAUUUUCUUAAGCUUUGCUUUGCACCCUGUUAUGUAAAUGUGUCUAGGAAUGGAGAGGAUGAAACUCCAAGAUUUAGACUCGGGUCCUUUAGUGUGGUCUAUUCACAAAAGGGAAAUAGCACAUUGGGAGGAAGGUUUUGGCUGCUUGGAAAUUACAAGGUGUGCAAGCAUAAUGUUAUUCAUGUUACUUUGGAGCUCUUUGAACAUUUUGUGAAAUUUUAAUGGUUCUUAAUAUAAAUGCUAUGCUUUACAAGAGUAAGGAAUGUUG